CGUCAGACCUGCUUUCCUGCAGGGAGAACUGGGACGCCUGAGGGUGCCUGAAACAUGAAGGCCCACUUUCUUUGUGCUGUUCUCCUCUGUCUGGUCCCAAUGAACUCAGGGGAUGUUCCACCUGUAAUGCGAAAUAUCAUCUGCCUUAUGCAACACGGAACCUGCAGACUUUUCUUUUGCUUUUCUGGUGAGAAAAAAGGUGAAACCUGCUCCCACCCCUGGAAUAGGUGCUGUAUACCAAACACAGAGGAAGAAAGAAAAGAUAAGCCAGAGACCUGAAAUGGAUGCUUCCGGAAGACGGAAGGGAUGGGGCUUGGGAGAAUGGCAGCAGAUUGCAGGUACACAAUACUUAUUGAAUGAAUCCAGUACCCAGACUGCAGGUCUGAAGAAAGAAUUGUCCUAAAGGCUUGUUUACUUUGCCUUUUCCUGUUUUUUUUUAUUAAAGAGUCUCCAAAUGUUGUAA